AUGUCUCACAACAAGGAAGAAACUUCACUGAUUCACCAGCUAACAGGACAUUAAUGCUGCCAGCAGAGGAUUUUGAUCCGUUAGGAGGACAUACAAUCUGGCAGGUCAUCAUAAUUGUCUUCCUCACUGGAUCACUUUCAUUUCUCACUGUUGUUGGCAACAUCCUAGUGAUGGUGUCAUUCAAGAUCAAUAAGGCACUGAAGACAGUAAACAACUACUACCUGCUUAGCCUAGCAUUUGCUGAUCUGACUAUUGGCACACUGUCAAUGAACCUGUAUACGACCUACAUCAUCAUGGGCCAGUGGGCUCUGGGGCCAGUGAUCUGUGACUUGUGGCUUGCAAUAGACUAUGUGGCCAGUAACGCCUCAGUCAUGAACCUGCUUGUUAUCAGCUUUGACAGGUAUUUCUCUGUUACUAGACCUUUGACAUACCGGGCCAAACGUACAACCAAGCGAGCCAUGACCAUGAUUGGAUUAGCCUGGUCAGUCUCUUUCAUUCUCUGGGCCCCAGCCAUCCUGUUCUGGCAGUACAUUGUGGGUGAGCGGACAGUCCAACCCAAUGAGUGCUACAUCCAGUUCCUGUCCGAGCCCAUCAUUACAUUUUGCACGGCCAUCGCUGCGUUCUACUUGCCAGUAACUAUUAUGGCAUUCCUGUUCUGGAAGAUAUAUCAGGAGACAGAGAAGCGUGUUAAAGAUAUGCAAGGUCUUAAGGCUGGGUCAGGCAACAAACCAAGCCAGGCCCAGAAUCAAGGGAGUGGGAGUGGAAGAACUGGUGGAGAAGGUGCAACUAACAGCCAGAAAGAUUCAUCAGCCAUGCUACGCCAAAGGAGCUCUCAAAGCUGCAGCAGCUAUGAACUAAAUCAGCUGGCUUUAGAGAAGAACAACAAGGACAAUGCCAGCAUAGCAGGAGGAACGGGAAGCAGAGGGAGGUGUAGCGCAUUCUGUUUCCAGUUUUCAUCACUACUGUCAGGUCGCCAUGCAUCCAAGGGGUCUGUCAACACUACGACAACUACAGUGGGUGAAGCAGAGCAGAGCAGCAGUGAAAGCCUUAACAACAAUGAAGUUGGUGGCUCUGGGGACCAGUCAGGUUCAGAGGAUGAAGCUGAAGGUGCAGACCCAUCAAAGCCUCCAACAGAUGGUAAGAAAUCUAAAAAGGUGAAAAACAACAAAGACAAACAAUCAUCAUCGUCCAACAAAAGUCAAAAAGGGUCACAAUCAAACGCUGUCACUUCAUCACCUGCCGACCAAUCACCCGCAGCCAUCACAAUGAAAGAUGCGGCGAUGGCCAAACGCUUCGCCUCCAAGGCCAAGACAGAGAUCAACAAGCGCAAGAAUGAAAAAAAGGCAAAUGAGAAGAAAGCAGCACGGACUCUCAGUGCCAUCCUCUUCGUCUUCAUCACAACGUGGUUACCAUACAAUAUCAUGGUGUUGGUCAACACCUUCUGUCAGGACUGUAUUCCAGAAACUCUUUGGGCACUGGGCUACUGGUUGUGUUACGUUAAUAGCACAAUCAAUCCCAUGUGCUACGCCCUGUGUAACAAGACCUUCCGCACAACUUUCAGGGAUAUUUUGAUGUGCCAGUGGAAUCAAAAGAAAAACAAACCUAACUUUCAUCAGAGAAAAGCCGUGGCUUUCAAGAAAAAAGACCCAAUAUAGAAUACAUUGGCAAAGUAUUUAUAGACUUGUGUUUAAAGAUGUAUUUCCUGAUCAAGAUUCAGAAUUGGUUUGCAGCAUACAAGCCUUCUAUUUCAGGGAAUACCUGCUGAACAGAAUUUUGCUUAGCAAAACAAAUUCUACAGGAAGUUUUGCUAAGCUAGCAGUGGACCAAAGGCUGGUCUGAUAGUCUGUCCAUAUUUGGAACUCAUGGAAUUCAUGGUCCCAGAGCAUAAUUGCUAAUAAUUUCGCUAAUUUAGAUAAUAGCUAAUCUUUUCACAUUGACCAGCGUUUUGGUCAAUGAAGCCGUCGCUCAGAAACUAAAGUUGGAUUUUCAUAAUUACGUUGCUUUUCGUACUAUCAGAAUCCAAUGAAAAGAUUAAAAUGUAAUUUACUAAAAAGAUUCCUGCCCACAGAAAAUAAACCAAAUGCU